CGAUCGCUUCACUGCAACUGCACACGAGUACAAAUACAGAUUGGUUGGCACAGCAGCUUACGUCUAUGUCUCAGAUUCUGCAGUGAUGUUUCACCAGCGCCAGGUAGCCUCUGCUUGAAGGUGGCAGACAGGUUGUCUGUGUCAGUCAAAGCUGAUGGAGAUGCGGAUUGGCCUGUUUCCGCCCGCGUUGCUCCAGGCUCCACCUCUCCAUCAGAGUCCUCCCCGUGCUGCGCUUGUUGCAGUGAGCGCGGAGGGUUUGUGCGCUCUCACGUUACGCGCAUGAAGUUAUGGUCAAGAGGAUAUCGAAGACGUACAGCCACUCAGAGAAGUAUGAAAGUGCAGGCUCCCGUCGGUCGUUUCACUCUUUAACCUGGGAAAUACAAUUAAGUCAUCGGAUAGCGGCUGAGAAAAAGCAGGAAAACGAGUUUUGUGGCUUUUAACUGAGGGACCAAGCAUACCCAACAGUAUGCGGUGCAGUUAUGGCAGGCAAGGGUAAGACCGUCGUGAGGACGCUGGAGGAUUUAACGCUUGAUUCUGGUUAUGGUGGAGCUGCGGACUCGGUCAGGUCGUCCAGCGUGUCGCUGUGCUGCUCCGACACGCAUCAGUCCAUCGUGCAUGGGGGCAACUGCUGGCAUCUGACCGAAUCAAUGCACAGCAGACAGAACAGUUUGGACACAGUCAACACCGUCCUGGCGGAGGACACGGAGAUACUGGAGUGCUCGGGUCAGUGCGCCAAGCUGCCCGAGCUGGAGGACGUGCCAUGGAGCCUCGGCGAGGUGGAGGGCGCACUGAGGAAAGACGAGGAGCUGAUGGUGGGCAACCCGCCACCGGAGGUCCUAGCCCGGCUGUCGGCUCUCAUCAGCCGCGCGUUGGUGAGGGUGGCCCGGGAAGCGCAGCGGCUCAGCCUGCGCUACGCCAAGUGCACCAAGUAUGAGAUCCAGAGCGCCAUCAAGGUGGUGCUCUCAUGGACCAUCUCUGUCAACUGCAUCACGGCGGCACUCAGCGCCCUGUCCCUCUACAACAUGAGCACCGGGGACAAGUUCAGCCGAGGCAAGUCGGUGCGCUGCGGGCUGGUAUUCUCCGUGGGGAAGUUCUUCAGGUGGAUGGUGGAUAGUCGCGUGGCCCUCAGGAUCCACGAGCACGCUGCCAUAUACCUCACCGCCUGCAUGGAGAGUCUGUUCAGAGAGGUGUUCAGCCGCGUCCUGCGCAGCGCGCUGGUGGAGAGGGACAACGGGACCCCCAAGUUUACGCUGGAGUCACUGGAGCAAGCCAUCAACAAUGACUCGGAGAUCUGGGGUCUGCUGCAGCCGUACCAGCACCUCAUUUGUGGAAAGAAUUCGAGUGGUGUGCUGAGCCUCCCGGAGAGUUUGAACCUGCACCGGGACCAGCAGCGCUUAGGGAGGGGGGGUGAGGGCCAGGGAUACACCCAGGCCGAGCUCCGCACGCUGGAACAGUCACUGCUCGCAACCCGGGUGGGCAGCAUCGCAGAACUGAGUGAUCUGGUAUCCCGGGCCAUGCACCACCUCCAACCCCUGCACAUCAAGAACCCCAGCAACGGGACUCCCGUCCACCAGAAGACCACCAACAUCACAGUGCACUGGGAGCCUGAAGCCCUCUACACACUGUGUUACUUCAUGCACUGUCCACAGAUGGAGUGGGAGAACCCCAACGUUGAGCCAUCCAAAGUCACUUUACAGACUGAGAGGCCGUUCCUGGUACUGCCUCCGCUGAUGGAGUGGAUCCGGGUGGCUGUCGCUCACACCGAGCAUCGGCGAAGCUUCUCUGUGGACAGCGACGACGUGAGGCAGGCCGCCAGGCUGCUGCUCCCUGGCGUGGACUGUGAACCACGGCAAAUAAAAGCGGAGGAUUGUUUCUGUGCCACGAGAAAGCUGGAUGCCGCCUCCACAGAGGCCAAGUUCCUGCAGGAUUUGGGCUUCAGGAUGCUCAACUGCGGACGGACGGACCUGGUCAAGCAGGCCGUGAACCUGCUGGGGCCCGAUGGCAUUAACAGCAUGAGCGAACAGGGAAUGACCCCUCUCAUGUACGCGUGUGUACGCGGGGAUGAGGCCAUGGUUCAGAUGCUGCUCGACGCCGGAGCCGACAUCAACAGCGAGGUGCCAAGCACAGUAAACAAGCACCCCUCAGUUUAUCCUGAAACACGCCAGGGGACGCCACUCACUUUCGCCGUGUUACAGGGACACAUCCCUGUCGUGCAGUUGUUGCUGGAUAACAGAGCGAAUGUGGAGGGCGCCCUGCAGGAUGGGGCGGAGAACUACACGGAGACCCCGCUUCAGCUGGCCUCUGCUGCAGGUAACUUUGAGCUGGUGAGUUUGCUUUUGGAAAGAGGGGCAGACCCCAUGAUCGGGACCGUGUGUCGAAACGGCAUCUCCUCUUCCCCGCUGGGAGACAUGAACUCAUACAGUCUGGCAGCAGCACAUGGUCACAGGAAUGUAUUUCGUAAGCUCCUGUCCCAGUCGGAGCAGGAAAAAGGGGACGUGCUGUCCCUGGAGGAGAUCCUGGCCGAGAGUUCGGAUCCCGUGGAGAAGAGGUUGGCGCCGCAGGCCAACGGAGGAGGGACGCUGCGAACAGGAAAGGCCAGACUGAGGGCCCUGAGAGAGGCCAUGUACCAUAGCGCAGAGCACGGCCAUGUGGACAUCACCAUAGACAUCCGCAGCUUAGGUGUUCCCUGGACACUGCACACCUGGCUCGAGUCCCUGCGUACCUGCUUCAUCCAGCACCGCCGGCCGCUGAUCCAGGGCCUGCUCAAAGACUUCAGCUGCAUCCAGGAGGAGGAGUACACAGAGGAGCUUAUCACACACGGCCUGCCGCUCAUGUUCCAGAUCCUUCGAUCCAGCAAGAACGAGGUGAUAAGCCAGCAGCUGUCAGUCAUUUUCACCCAGUGCUACGGGCCCUUCCCCAUCCCUAAACUGACAGAGAUCAAGAAGAAGCAGACCUCGCGCUUAGACCCCCACUUCCUUAACAACAAGGACAUGUCUGAUGUCACGUUCCUGGUGGAGGGGAAACCGUUUUAUGCACAUAAGGUUUUGCUGUUUACAGCUUCAGCCAGGUUCAAGUCAUUGCUCCAGAACCGGCCGGCAGCAGAGAACACCUGUAUUGAGAUCAGCCACGUCAAGUACAAUAUUUUCCAUUUGGUCAUGCAGUAUCUGUACUGUGGAGGCACUGAGUCUUUGCACAUACGCAACACGGAAGUCAUGGAGCUCCUGUCUGCAGCCAAAUUCUUCCAACUCGAGGCCCUUCAGAGACACUGUGAGAUCAUCUGCUCCAAGAACAUCACCACGGAAACCUGUGUGGACCUCUACAAACAUGCCAAGUUCCUUGGUGCCUCGGAGCUCACAGCUUUCAUCGAGGGUUAUUUCCUGAAGAACAUGGUGCUGCUGAUUGAACUCGACGGCUUCAAGCUGCUGCUGUACGAGCCUCCGCCCGCAGAGAGCCCCGCGUCCAGCCCCGGCAUCUGCUCCGACAUCCUCCUCGACCUGGAGAAAACUCUGGCCACGCGCAUCCACUCCAUCCACCUCUCCACCUCCAAGGGCUCCGUGGUGUGACGUCGUCCUCUCCGAAGCCCUCCGAUCCAGGCACAGCAUCCAUGUAACACCACUUCUAACAUCCAGCGCCCUGCUACAGCCCCAUCCACCCCUCCGGGCCCCACCGCUGAAGAGGGGCUAUCGGGUGUUUUUAUGUCAGGGAUUCCCUUUAAUUCUGCCCGUUGCAACAUCACCUUCCCCCCCCACCCCCACCACCUUCCCUCCCUCCCAAGGGUUAAUGAUGGCAUACUUGACAAAGUCAGAGAGAGAACUUGCUCGCUUUGUCAGAGGCUUAAACUCUGUCGUCCUAAUGGCUCCCACUGAUCACUUCACACCGCUACAGUAACAAAACCUGUCAAAAAAAAAGACAAAAACAGAACUGACUCAACCCAGCAGUGUCACUUACACCUAAUCGUGAUUAUAAAACCUAGUGUAUUUCAUAUAGGGCACAUGCAUGAAAUACAUUCUGUACACCUUUUUUGCUUAAAAAGGUAGAGUAGAAUUUUAACUCAAUAAAAGCAGCUUUCUCAUCAUCUCUAAUAUGAGACUUCAUGGUUUACAAACAUCACUUUAUGGAAGUGGAUGCCAUCGCAGUUUAAAGUUUGACACAUGCCAAAAUAUAAUCCUACUAUACAACCAAUAAAAGUAGCAAUGCCAGCAGACGGACUUUAGGUGGACUCGUUUGAACUUCUUUACAUUUCAUUCUGUCACUUCUGUGUUGGAUACGUUUCACUGUGUUAUAUCUACUGUGGCCAAACUGAUCACAGGAACUUCCACCGUGGCCGACACUGCAGCGCUGAUUAAACUAAAGCUGGCCCACUCAGUGAAAUCUAUGCUGACGUACGCUUGGUACAUGGAUGUCCAACUGGGAAAUUAACUUGUGAGAACUCCACGAACACUGUCGACUUUUUUUGCAUGACACCUCCUCAACUGAGCUGCCCUGAUAUUGCUUUUUAAGCAGAGCUUACUUCACGGACCCCUUUCGCAAGGGGGAAAAACGCUGCUUAUUAACUUUCUAGCCACUGCAAAACUGACUGGAUGGGAUUUGGAGAUUGGAUUGAGAUUGGCAGGGACUUUCUCUUUAAAUAUAUUUAAAGCAAAGUGUAAAUACGUCCUUAAAGUCAUUGUGCUGGUCGUUCUUUUUUUUUUAAUUUGUAAACUGAUGUACAGUAUUCCCCUACACUCGCUUGGCGGAUGACACCAGUCUCAUUGAAUGUGCUCCCUGAACAGUUUGUUCCUGCUGUAUGUGUCUGUUUUUGCAACGUUGCAUGUUUUAUCUGUUUGUUUGAAUCCUCCGUUUCGCUUUCGGUGUGCUUUCUGAGUAGAUCGGUAGGCCUAAGCAGGGUGUUGAUUGUACCAGUUGAAGUCCAGUCAAAGGAUGUUCCCUUCAAUUAUUUCGCUAUUUCUGAUACAUUCCAAAUGAUCAGGGUAGAUCACGAGAUACAUUUUAAAGUCACUUUUUCUCUUUUAGGCUUCACCGCCGUCGAAUUUCUCAAGAACAUCAAUUUUGUGAAAGAAAAGUCGAAUUCCCACACUCUGUCAGCGCUGAGUUUAUUAGAGACACAACAAUGUUAGUGACUCAUGAAGUACAUCCCAUCCACCUGUUUGCAUGUACAUUUUCAAUUUGUGCAUAAAAACUUCUGAGUGGACACUAAAAACAGUUCGGAAAAAGGUUUUCACGGUUGCCUGAGGUGGAACAGUUGGCCAAAAACCAUUGAUUCAAGCAAAACAAAAAUAACAGGCUUAGCAAAUAAGUCAUGAAGAAGAAAGAGACAAAAAAUGGCGGCAGAAAGAUAGAGAGAAGACGUAUUCACAUCAUUUCAAGUCAUCUUGUUGCGUGGUCUUCUGCAAUGGUUUAAUGGCACCCGGCUGUAAAAUUAGCGCCACCAACUGUUAAAGCUUUAGUGCGUAACUUUUUGACAGUGUUGUGUCGACAGUGUUGUUGUCGUUACUUAGAAUUCCUCAUGGGGGGCGACAGAAACUACACACUAAAGCUUUAACAUUUCAGCUCCUAAUAUUCACAUACCAGUAGUUGGUGGAAAUGCACAUUAAUUAGCUUUUUUUUUUGGAAUAUUUUAUUAAAAGUCAUUUAGAAUUUGCGCAAUAGCACAGCUUUAUACUAAAGCCAAAAUAAGUGGGACCAAAUCUCUUGAAACAAACACCUGAAACAGACAGUAUAUGUCCAAAUAGGGGAGGCUGAAUUGACCAUUACCAAUCCAAGUUUAAUAACCUGGUUUCAUCUAUUUUGACAGAUAUUGUUCGUCACAUUCUGGUUUUUAAAUCAAUUAUUAAUUCGGGAAUGGUUCCAGGCGUUGAGAGUUUGCUCCCCUUCUUUUCAUUGGUUGUUCUGGCUUUAGUACAAAGAUGUGUUGUUUCACAUUGGGAAUUUCCUGCCUGAAAAAACCUCCGUAACUAAAAUGUUGUGUCUAAGGAAACUCAGUGCAUAAAUCUUGUGGAAAUGUAAGCUUUUGUUCCACAUGAUUGCAUUUUUCGUGCAAUAAAUAAUACUUCAAUUAAAUCUAAAAGGACCAAACAUCCAACCCGCCAUUCAGCCUCUGGGGUUUCCGCCCUGUCGUUCGGCUGGACCACGAGCCCUGUCACUCGGACACAAUACAUCUCAAUUUAGGAGAAAUUCAUAGAACCUACAGCACAUUUUAUGAAUGUAACAAAAUAUUUAACAAAUGUGCAAUAUCUGCAGUCCAGCAACAAACCAAAAAAAAAAAAUGCUUCCCUCUGUUCCAACAAUGCAAAUGUCUCUAAAGUGUCCUCCUACUUUGUGAUGUGGUUAUACAUUAAUCCGACUGUACUGUCAGAUUAAGAGACCAAUCUUCAAAUAUUGUAGCACACUGAAAAUUACCUAAAUAUUUGUUGUGGGCCAAACAUACACAUUUUAAGAAAAACACCUAGGCAUGUAAGAGUUGGUUUUAAGUUCUGUAAAUAGUUACAGAAAAAAUUAAAUAUAGAUAUUAUCCUACGACUUUAUUUUCUUACUUACAUACAUAGCACUAUAUAUUUUAUUUUACAUUUCACAGCUAUUUUGUUUUACAAAAUUGAAAAAGGUUAUAUAAAAAUAUACUUUAAAGUUUUGAAAUUAAGCAAUAUUUCCAUGAGACUGUAUUACUCUGAGUAGUACAGUGAAUAAUAUGCCACAGGAUAUAGAGCUACAGUAUAAAUGGGAAUUGAAAGACACAUAACACACAAAUGAGUGACUGGAAGAAGAAAAAAACUGAAUUUACUAUUUUUUGUUUAUGUGACAUCACAUGGUGUGUUUUAUUUGAAAUGUCUUUAACUCUUAAGUCUAACUUUAGGACAGUUGAUCUUACCCUGAUGGCUUUAUUGAAGAUGAUAAUUUAUUUAGACUCUGGUUGGAAUAAUUCACUUUAUUGAAUCAUCGCACAUGCCCACAUUUGAACUGAAGUGUGCUAUUUAAAGGGGAAAUGUAACUUAAAGAUGCAAACCAUUUUUGUCUCCACAGAGGUAAAAAGGUUCAUAAUGAUGUCAAGCACUUCUUGUGCCAGUGUUACUCACUCUCUCACACACACACACACACACAGACACACACACACUCAAAAGCAUUAGUAUCUUAACAGUGAGCUUAGUCUUAUUGUGAUCAAACAGCAGCUGAAUAUUUAGAAUAAGAGCAUAAGCCGAAAGACUUAAUCUCUGGUUCUUUUAUUAGUCUAGUCUAACGUGAUGCCAUUAGCAAACAACUAACUUUAGCUUAUCCCUGUGCUGGCGCUUUGGAUUCAAAACUGGGUCAAAGCCGUAGAGUAAAUGUCGGUUUGCAUGGCUCUUCUUGUUUAAUGUUGAGAAUGUGCUUUGUACACCAGCGUUGUCAAACAACACACUCCCCUUAAUUUGUCUGAACAUUUAUUUGCCUGCGUAUUUGUUCCUGGUAGUAAACAACAUUUCUCCUAGACGCAGUGGAAACGUGCAUGGGAUAUUCACUAGAUUUCAAAUCUACAGGGGAGGAACGGGGGACGAGCUUUUGCUUUUUAUUUUUCCUUCGAUGAGAACAUGUAUAUUGUACAAAAUAUAUAUAUAUAAUAUAAAUUAUACAUGGUGUGAGAAGCAGGGAUGUGGUGGAGUAUAACUACAAAAAAGGGAAUGUUACACUCAUGCUACAGUUUCUGUUGUUCAUGACAUGCUUUUGUGGACAGCUAAUAAACGACCAGAGUUUAAACCGU